AAACUUUGUGUUUUAGUCGCGCGUUUUCCUGACGCUCACGAACGGAACACGCCGUUGUUGUGGCACGCAGAGAUGACGCAGCCAGCACUAUUUUCCUUAAUGGCUCUCACAGAAGAGACUGGGAGCAGAGGAGGGAGAAAACCAUCCGGAGACAGAGACACAAUCUGGGACUAACGUGACUCCUGAUGUACAUGAGAUAUUUUUCCAGGCUAAUGUCAGCUAUGGCUGGACCCAGGCCUGUGGUGUUUAGCGGCCCGUCCGGGGCAGGGAAGAGCACUCUGCUGAAGAAGCUCAUGAAAGAAUAUGACAGUGUGUUUGGCUUCAGCGUCUCCCAUACAACAAGAAAACCUCGACCUGGGGAACAGGAUGGGAAAGAUUACCACUACGUCACACGGGAGGAGAUGCAAACAGGGAUCGCCAACGGCGAAUUCAUUGAGAGCGCCGUGUUUUCGGGGAACAUGUACGGGACGAGUAAAGCUGCCGUGCAAGACGUCCAGGCCAAGAACCUCAUCUGUAUACUUGACAUUGACAUGCAGGGCGUGAAGAACAUCAAAACGACAGACCUCAAUCCCAUCUACAUCUCCAUCCAGCCGCCAUCUAUGGACGUCCUGGAAAAACGUUUAAGAGACAGAAAGACUGAGUCAGAGGAGAGCCUCCAGAGGCGUUUAAAUGCAGCUAAGGUGGACAUGGAGAUUAGUAAAGAACCUGGUAUGUUUGAUGCCACGGUCAUCAAUGAUGAUUUGGAGGAGGCCUAUCAACAAUUAAAACAGGCACUUCUUGAGGAAAUCAAUGUGGUUAAGAAAGUCAACAUGUCUUCGUAGGAGACUGCAGCAUCCUGACACCUUUUUAGUCCCGUCCAGCCACUCCACAAAACCACAGACCUCCAUUCCAGUUGUGAACAUUCCCUCAGAUGGCGGUUUGUGACGCUCAGACAAACAUCCCUUAGUGGAUACAUAACUGCGUAGGAUUUUUAUGGUGUUUAGAGGUAGUUAUUACCAAAUUAUAUACUUUUUUUUAACUAAGAGGAAGCGCUUUCCAUGUUUUUAUUUUCACUUGUAUGAAGGAAGAUACUCCAGUAAUGCUUACUUGAUAUGUGACUGGAAUGGAAUGCAGGAUGCUAUGUUAAAUAGGUUGGAGUAACAUAACUCAUUUAAUCAUGUGUUUAAACUGGUCUUUCAAGGCUGUGGCUACUUUCUGGAUGUCUUGAUAAGUGGUAGGGAGUUAUGCUACUCAUUUUGUGCUACCAGUCAUAUUGUGUUGAUGAGGAUUAUAUUUACAGAGGAUUAGUUUUAGGAGGGAAACUCAUCUGAAACUUGUGCAUUACAACUGAUUUCUGGGGGGAAAACAUAGUGGCUGUUUACUUUCAAGGGGUACAUGCAAGUCAAAUUUACUGUUGAAGUAAGAAAACUAUUCCAGUGUUGGCAAAUGCUUUGACAGAUAAAUUGUGACAGAACUCUGAAUGCUGUUGAAUUAUAGUAGGGUAAAAUCCAAUGAUGGAGGUAGAAAAUGUUACUUGGAACAAAAAUGUUGCUUUUUAUUUCAGCGGGUCUACAACAAAACAUUUUAGCUGUUUAUUUUACAAUUGUACAUUUGUAAAAAUUUUAUAUUGUGUAAUUCAUUUUGCAGCUUCACCUUUACCACCAGUAAAGUGACAUUCAUUACUGUUUUGUUUCCUAAAUGAGAGGUUUUUAAAUUUGAAUGAAAAGUAAAUGGCAUGUUUCUCCUCUUUUUAAAUAUAUGUAUUGAUGAGAAUCAAUAUCGAUACAAUCUCCUUUUACUUGUUUACUGAGAGAAUAUUUGAUGAAUCCUGAGGUUGAAUUCAAAACUUUUUGAAAGACCCUUUCUAUAGAUUUUUUUCCAAGACCUCAUCACCACUUUCUGUUCUCAGCGUUAACAUCAAUAACACACUGUAAUUUAUCUUUACCGUACAUUGAUUGUGAGGUAGCACAGGUAGUUUGUCUUAACUUCUUGGACCACUGUAUCAGAUAUAUACGGGGUGGGAACAAAGCACAAUAGAAUGAUUCGAGUGAUUAACCCAGUGCAAAAUUUAUUACAAAGAAUAAUGUCAGUAACACACAAUCUUGGUCACUAUUACACACACAUAUACACUUGAACUCUGUUAUAAGGCUACUUUAUCAGUUCUUAAAGUUAUUGUAUUUUAUAUGUAUGUUACAUAAGUUGUGCAAUCAAGAGUUUCAGUACAUGUACUUGUAUGACUGGUAUUUGACCAAUAAACUUUGAGCAUUGAUGAAUGUCUCAAACACAAA